UGUAUAUUUAUGGGGUGGUUGCCACUAGUAGUCAUUUCUCUAAUAUCAAGCCAAAAAAAAAAAAACAUGGUUAUGUUGAAGGGAAGAAUAUGGCCGUCUAUUUUUCUGGUGUCAAUUACAACCGUCGUCGGAGUUGCAGGAAGAACACUGUUAUCUAGAGAAGAAGAUGAAGAGAUUGAAAGACAAUUAAAGGUUCUAAAUAAGCUUGCUUUGAAGACUAUUAAGGUAGUCUUCAAAGCAACCGUUGUCGGAGUUGCAGGAAGGAAACUGUUAUCUAGAGAAGAAGAUGAAGAGAUUGAAAGGCAAUUAAAGGUUCUAAAUAAGCUUGCUCUGAAGACUAUUAAGAUUUUGCAGACUGAACAUGGCGAUAUUAUCGAUUGUGUCGAUAUAUACAAGCAACCUUCGUUAGAUCAUCCUAUACUCAAGAACCUUACCAUACAGAUGGAGCCUGGUUCUUCCCCUGAAGAGUUUGAAACGUCAAGGAGCUCCUCUAUCAUCAUCACCAUUUAACUUCACGAAGAUCGAACUGAGAUGCGUAUCUUGUCAAAGAGGAACUGUUCCAAUUCAAAGGAUUCAGAAGGAAGAUCUCAUAAGGCUUAAAUUUCUGUCACGAAGGAAUGAAGAACGUAUAUUGAUCGAGGUGAUCGAGAAAAUCUGCUGGCUUCGUAAUUAAGUUCAAAUAUUAUCUGAAAAAAUUAUAUUGAUUAUUAAUCUCUGUGAUAAUAAAUCAGAAUGCAGCGUGCGCCAUGGCUGCACACCCAGAGAAAUCAUUUUAUGGAGGAUCGGCUUUGUUUUCUCGAAUCGAAUCCAGCAAACAUUGGGAAUUUGUAUAUUAACUAAAAAUUAAUUGAUAAGAUAACUAUGUUAUGAAAUUAAUUACAUUUCUUAAAAUGUUAAUAUGAUUUUGCUGGCUGAUAGAGAAGGUAAAACAGGUUGCUACAAUAUUCUCUGCCCCGGUUUUGUUCAAGUUGGCCCCUACCCAGUCAGCUCAGUUCUACAACUAUCGUUCAUGAUCCUUUUGGAGGCAGUGUGUUCGAUCUUGUAGUUUUCAAGGGAGGUAGCCAAUUGAAAUUUAAUCUUUUUGUGAGCUCGAGUGGAUGCGGCCUGAGUCAAUACGGAUUGAAUCCAUACUUCAACUUAU